GAGGGAGGGUGCUGUGCUGGACUCGUUCGAUCCGUCCACUGGUUAAAUGGGUAUAAAACGUCCUUCCUAGUCACUAGACACACAUGCACUUAUAUAGAAAGGGGCACACAUGCACUGCACACCGACUAAACACACACACAGACACAGACAGCAUACAAAUAAGACACACACGAUCUUUAGAUUAGAGGGAUGGAUGCAUUCGGACGACAUACAUACAUACGGUCACCAAUAAAGUACACACACGCACACACCGUCGAAGCAUCUCGCGCAUCGCCGCCACGCCAUCGGUCAAAAUCAGCCCGCCAGGGCGGGCCGUCUGCCUAUCUACACAAAAGUAAUGAAUUGAACGGUCAGGAUGGCCUCACCAGACGACCGCAUCGAUGGCCGGGCACGUCAGCACCAAAAAGGCGCCUGCGCACACAACACAUCCCGACACACAAUACCCAUCCAUCCAUCCGUCAUUCCCUCACCUCACCCACCUGUGCGAGGCAUGUAUCGCAGAACGGCCCUCAUGACGCACCUCGCCACUCCCCGGUUGCUUCCCUCAUGCCGAUGGGCCACAUGCGCAUUCACAGGGCUGCCGUCGACGGUGCUUGAGACGGUCGAGAUGGAGGGGCUGGCCAACGGCUUGCUGGCCAUCGGCACUGCCCGCGGCGCAGCUGCUGGGAUCUGCUGCUGCCUGGGGGCCUUGCGUAUCGACUGCGCCACUACCCAAAGCAGCCAUAUGAAGGCCUGAAUGAGAUAGAUGAGAGCACAACGCGUGUGUCUGUGUCCGUGUGUGUGAGAGAGAGUGUAGUGUGUAUCUCUGCCUGCUUACAUCGUCAUUUGAUGGCGCGUGUGGGUGGUUGCUGGCAGCGUCGAUGCUGACAGUGACGGGCAGCUCACAUGACCGGCACUGACCCACCAGCACCAACACGCGCUUCAUCCACCACCACCCAUUCCCUGGCCCAUGCCCCACCUCAACCACACUCAAAGCAGCCCUCAGCUGCCGACCCACCAGCCACUUGUCGAACCGGACGACGCCAACCAGGCCAUGUGACUCCGUUGCGGCCACCAGUGGCUCCAUGUGGGCAUCCCUGACCCAGCUGCCGCACCGGCAGAGUCGACACAUGCUGCGGCCGUCCAGCAGAGUGAACAGUCGCCGGAUGAUGGAUGUGGGCAGCUGGUGAACAGACGCAUGGAGGGUGUCGGGACUGGGGGAGCUGCUUGGUAGAGGGGCGCUUGAUGGCCUCAGCAGGACGAACCUCGGCAGCACACCUGCACACAGCACAGCCACACAAAGGCACAUGCAUGACACACAGACACACACGCCGCCCGUGUGUCAGUCACUGCUGUCACUUACCGAACUCGUCAAGGAUAGAGAAGCAUCCCUUCGGGAGGCUUUGCACAUCGUGAUUACCUGGCAAUGAUCACAUCACAUACACACACAUGGCAUGGCAACAGACAUGUGGUAUGUCAGUCAUCACAGCAGACAGACAUGUGGUGUGGUCAGACACUGAGUACCAUCGAAAGGUUCCCACAAGACGGUCCCAUUGCGUGCCCCAGAGACGACGUACUUGUAGUGAAUACGUCCUGCGGCGGGCAGCAGCACCUCGGUGGAAUUCCAGACGGGGAAACUGUCGCCAUCUGUUGUCAGCACCACUGCUUUGCGAGUGUCCCAGCUGCCCAGUGCAUCGUGACUCCCAACGACGCCAAGCCGGUCACCUGCAUGACAGUGGGCAGCGCAGCGUGCCACAGAUCCAUCACAUAUAGAUCAUCCUGUGUGCAGCCAGCGAGUCUGACAGCUGGGUGAACCAACCGGGUUGCGUGAUUGUGCAUUUGCACUGAAAGGUCAGCGAUGUGGUCCCUGAGCCACGCACCAUGAGGCGGC